UUUUUUACCAGGAUUUUUUUUAUCCAUUUUUGUUAAACAUUCAUGUCUUCUACCGUAUCAGAAAUUGAUGCACCGUAGAGUGUUUGUCAAUACAUACGUAUUGUAUUUUACAACAUUUGAGUCCCACUGCACUAACAUUCUAGUGUCGUGUGUGUCGACCCCACAAGGCGUCUUGUUACCUGCUGUGUGACCCAUUUUGAGGCUUAUAAUCCAGGUGGUGGUGCUGUACGACCCGUGUGGGAGCAACAAUGAAAUACUAAAGAAACAAAAGAGCACACGUUUGAGCCUGAGACUGAAAAGAGACGACAACAUUGUGUCACCCAUUUGGCCAGAGUUGCUGACAGGGGAUAACCCUUUAAAAUGGCCCCCCUCUCUCCUGCCGUAACCCCCUCCCAUCCACACACACACAAACUAACUGACUGCUACUAUGCCCCUAAAGACAUAUCUUCUCUCACAAAUGCAGGAAACCAUCAACAACAGCAGAACCUGAAUAUCGCAGAGGAACAUCAGCAAACAAGUGUGAUCGCCUCUAAAGCAGGAUAGCGCUCCCAACUGGGGGGGAAAAAGGUAAACAGCUCCUCAUUCCAAAUUUAAAAAAAUAAAAUCAUAAUCACCAGUAUCUGAGAAGUUACCUGCGCAGUCCUAUCAUGAUCGAGAGUGAGAGAGAGCUGUCUGCCAUGGUGCAGGAACUGUGGGACAACGAUGUCAACAGACUACGACCUGGAAAGGACUACAGGAUAUCUUUGCAGGGCAAAGCAGGUGACAACAUGGCCGACAAUGACAACGACGGGGCGGGAUAUCCUCUGUUCAAAUUUGUCGACGAGAAAAUUUUCCAGAAGGAGACUUUUUUAGCCUUUAUUUCCUUGUUGGAUAACUAUGUGAGUGACACUGGGGAGCCAGAAAUCGUUACCCCGGAGGAGGUAGCGGAGAACCACAAGUUCCUGGACUCUAUAGUUAAGACUCCCACUAUGAAGAUAGCUCAUAAAUACCUGGUGGAGAAGAAGCUGUCCCCGCAAGAUGAGACGCAGUUCAAGGAGCAGCUCUACAGAAUUUGGUUUGAACUCUACGCAAGGAAAGGCUCCAGCAGGCCAGAUUCAUCAGGUUUCGAACACGUGUUUGUUGGAGAAACCAGAGGAGGGCGGACGGUCAUAGGCUUCCACAAUUGGAUCCAGCUGUACCUACAGGAGAAGCUAGGACACAUUGAUUACAAAGGCUACAGCGUCAACACUAACUCGCCACAUCCAGACGAGAACAAGCACAUCUUGGCAUUGCAGUUCAGUUGGAAGAAUGGCAUCAAACCCAAAGGCAGCAUCUUCAUCGGCGUCAGUCCCGAGUUUGAAUUUGCCCUCUACACCCUGUGUUUCCUCAGCUCGCCCAAUGAACGGGUCAAAGUCCAGUUUAGUUUCUACGAUGUAGAGAUUGUGUGCCACCACUACAACCAGAAGCAUAUCGGCACGACUUACCCCGUGCUUCUUAAGUACCAAAAAAACACUUAAUUUAAUAAACAGCUUCAUCUUACAUGCCAAAAUGUACAGGUACUCUUGUUGUCUUUUUCAUUUUACUUGAAGAUACAAUAAAACC